AUGUCAUUUUACGAUGGUAUCCAUCCCUUUUAUCCUCAUGGAAGGAGGUCCUGGGUUUUCAGCGUGGAUUUGAUUAUAAUCAUUAUUGUCUUUUUGGUUUUUGCUUUGGCUUUUACCCUCAUUAUCCCUGGAAUCAGAGGGAAGGUGAGAAUAUCAUGGGUAUGUCGAGUUCUAAUAAGCCUUUUUAUUGGAUCAGUAACCGUUGCUGUUAACUUCACUACCGACUGGGAAGAAGGUUCAGUGAGAACUACAACCACAUAUAAAUCCUUCAGUAAUGCUGUAGUAAAUGCAGAUAUUGGGCUGCACGUGGGGCUUAGUGGUAUAAACAUUACUUUAAAAGGAAAUCCUGUUCAUCAAAUUAAUGAAACAAUAAAUUAUAAUGAACAGUUUGUCUGGAGCUUUGGAUCAGACUACAAUCAAUACUACAAUGAAGGACUUAGAAAAGGUUUACCUAACCCCAUCAUGUAUAUUGCGGAGAAAUUUGCACAGUAUAGUCCAUGUGAUUUAUUUACCCAGUAUAGACUUUCUGGACAUUAUGCCUCAGUAUGUAUGUGGGUAGCGUUUUGCUCCUGGAUUAUCUGCAACAUCCUUUAUUCUAUGCCUGUUUUCAUAUAUGGAGCUUAUAUGACUCUGGUGACAGCUGCAUUUAUCAUCUUUUCAAUUAUUUCCUUUUCUACUGUGAGAAACGUGGCAUUUUGCAACAUACAGUUUGGAAAAGAUUCUCUGAAAACUGACUAUGGAGUGUCAUUUUGGUUAAGUCUUGCAACAGGUCUUCUGUGCUUUAUCAUUGGCAUCAUGUUAAUAAUACUAGACUUUUGCAUUCCUGAGAAACUGAAAGAAUUUUUUAACAUGACUGAAGAAGAUAAGCAGAAAUUGCCAAGCACAGUAUACACAAAUCCUAAUUGUUCAAGCAAUUUAUCUCAAAAUUUGAAUGUAUAA